UUGUUACAUAUAUCUAUUUCUUCCAGACACCAAACCGUGAAGCAAAACCCCAUUCGCAGUAAGAAAUAAAGAAGAGGAAAAAAAGAAACAAUUACUACCCCUUGAAAAAUUACUAAGGAUUAGGAAGACAUGUCCAGCGUGAGAUGGGGAGCACGGUCCCUGCGCAGACUGCUCUCUGUGCGCAAUGGGAAGACUGCCACUGUGAACGGUGUGUUAUGCUUGCGUGUCAUUGGACGUGAACCCCAGAGGUGCUCACUGGUGUUCGCCCGGCCAAUCUCCACCUGCAUUUCACUCUGCCAGUCCUCCGCUGGGCCGCCGACGGAUGGGAGUGGAGGGGGCGAUGACGGUAACGACAAGGAUGCUCAGAGCAAGAAAAGCGAGAAGAACCAGUUAUGUUGUCCCAAGUGUGGCGAUCCUUGCACCCAUGUGGAGACCUUUGUUUCUUCGACACGGUUUGUAAAGUGUGAGAAAUGUCAUCACUUCUUUGUGGUGCUGUCAGAGGUGGACUCCAAGCGCAAGCAGAAGGAGAAGCGUGAUGACCCCAAGACCUCCUUCAGUCGCAGACCGCCUCCUCCACCAAAGAAGAUCUAUGAGUACCUGGAGAAUCAUGUGGUGGGACAAGAGCGUGCCAAAAAGGUGCUGAGUGUGGCAGUUUACAACCACUACAAGCGCAUCUUCCACAACAUACCCCAGACCAAGUCAGAGCCCCUGCACCUGGACACAGCCACUAUCCCGCAGGGCCUCACCAACAGGGGUAGGGACCUCUUGCACAUUGCCGGCAUCAGCCAAAGCCAUGCGCUGGGGGUCAGUGGCUUCCAGAACACUGAUCAGGGACAGCAGGGGGGACAGCAGGGGGGGCAAGGGGGCCAGACCCUAGACCAGCAGACCUCAAAGCGACCUGUCACCAGCAGCAACAGUUUACAUGGAUCAGACAUAUUAGAUGCGACCACACACAUGCUCCGGCUGGAGAAGAGCAAUAUUCUUCUCUUGGGGCCAACUGGUUCAGGCAAGACCCUCUUGGCCCAGACCAUAGCCCAGUGCCUAGAUGUCCCCUUUGCCAUCUGCGACUGCACCACGCUCACCCAAGCUGGCUAUGUUGGCGAGGAUAUUGAAUCUGUCAUUGCCAAGCUGCUGCAGGAUGCCAACUAUAAUGUGGAGAAGGCCCAGACAGGCAUUGUAUUCCUUGAUGAGGUGGACAAGAUUGGUGCAGUCCCGGGGAUACACCAGCUGCGUGAUGUAGGGGGGGAGGGGGUCCAGCAGGGCAUGCUCAAGAUGCUGGAGGGCACAAUUGUCAAUGUACCAGAGCGCAACUCCCCGCGUAAGCUCCGAGGUGAGACAGUCCAGGUGGACACAACCAACAUCUUGUUUGUGGCCUCAGGAGCCUUCAAUGGGCUGGAUCGUGUUGUCUCCAGGAGGAAUAAUGAGAAGUUUCAAUACCUAGGCUUCGGUAUUGGGGGCCAGUCAGUAGGCCGUCGGGCAGCGUCACAAGCUGACGUAGCACACCAGACAGCCAGUACAGACGCUGAGGAGGACAACCAGGAGAAGGAUGCACUGCUGUCAAAGGUGGAAGCCAGGGACCUCAUUGAAUUUGGCAUGAUCCCGGAGUUCGUAGGGCGUUUCCCUGUUAUUGUUCCCUUCCACUCUCUGACAGCGGCCAUGCUGGUCCGGAUCCUUACUGAGCCCAAGAAUGCACUCGUGCCACAGUUCCAGAUGCUAUUUGGGAUGGACAAGGUUGAACUUGCCUUCACCCCAGAUGCCAUGGAGGCCAUUGCACACAUGGCAAUGGAAAGGAAGACAGGUGCAAGAGGCCUACGCUCCAUUAUGGAAAACCUCCUCCUUGAUGCCAUGUUUGAGAUUCCUGGCUCAGACAUUGUGAGCGUACAUGUGACUGCCGACUCAGUGCGAGGGGAUGCGGCUCCCAUCUUUGUACAUGGUCAGCCACUCCCAACUGAGGAUGAUCAGGAGGAGGAGCAGGCAUUAGCUCAGGCCAAGUAAGAAAGAACUUGGAAGGCUGGCUAGCUGGUUGGAGAAGAAGAGGUGGAGGAGAGCAGCCAAAGAGGCAGCAGUGGAGUUGUCUCAUGUUACUAGGAGAAAGAGGAGCAAGAGGAUGGAGAGGAAGAGAGUGGGGGGAGAGGAAAGAGGAAAGGAAGAGAAGGAGGAAUAACUCAAGCAGAACUUAGAAGACUUCAGCCAACGACAAGAGAGACUCAGAAACCUGAUCUUCCUCUUAGCUCAAGACAGGGAAGAGGACUAAGCCAUUCCUCAGGGUUGUUUGGCAUUAAGCUUUUCUUCAGAUGACGCUGAGGACAGAGAGAAAUAUAGCGGCAGAGACAGAGGGAGAGAGAAACAGACAGAGGGGAGACAGACAGACAGAUAAACCUAAGAGACAUGUCAAGGAAGAGAGAUGGGAUUAAACCUGUUAAAUGCAUGUCUUGCCAUCAGCUUUCUUUAU